AUCGAUCACACUUUUUUGUUCCUAGAAGACGAGGUUUGGAACGAAAAAAAUACAGUCGUGUUUAUCAAGCCGAAUUGUUUUGUGCGAGAUCUCUAUCGUGUUUGUGUAGAAAGAACCGGCGAGUUGUUAAAAAUUUUAGCGACAAUUUCAAGGAUGGCAUCUGCUAUGCAUUUCCCAAUGGAGGAAGCUGUCUUGUUCGGGGACGAAGAUGAGCUGAACAGGCAAGAUGGCGUUGUCAAAAAAAUAUCGCAUCCUUACGUUGCCUUUUUUCAUAUUGUCUUCCGGUCAGCCGCAAUAGCAACGUAUUUAUUCUGCGGUUGGUUCAGCGAUAGCUUCGUCACAAGCUUCGUUUUCGUGACGUUGCUGUUAUCUGCGGAUUUUUGGACGGUAAAGAAUAUCACCGGGCGCUUGCUGGCUGGCCUCCGCUGGUGGAACUACGUGGACGACGACGGAACUUCUCAUUGGAUUUUCGAAUCAAAGAAAUGUGAAAACUACGCUGCUGUUCUCAAUCCACACGAGAUUAGAAUCUUUUGGAUGGGGCUUGUGAUUUGCCCGGUGUUUUGGGCAUUAUUUUUUGUUGUGGCUCUAUUUAGCCUCAAAUUAAAGUGGAUGCUCUUAGUGUUGAUAGCGCUUGCGUUAAAUGGGGCGAACCUGUAUGGUUAUGUAAAAUGCAACUUUGGUGCUAAUGCAAAAUUAACUACAACUACUUCAGAUUUCGUCAAAAGCCAAGUGUUAAAAAAUGCAGUAAACCUGAUGAAUUUGCAGAGCAACAGUAGCAACGAAAAUCAGUCUGGUACAACUAGAUUAAGUAAUGUAAUCUAAAACAAGUAUGGGUAUAUUUCUUAUCUUCCGGAAAGAUUUUUUUACUAGAAUGAACUUUAUUAUUUCGAUUGGUGGCGAAAUUGCCUGGCGUCGAAUAAAGUCUUUCGUGCUAUCAUAAUCUAGUAAAGGUACUUAAACCUA